AUUGUGUAUGUUAUUUACUGCACUCUGUUCCGCUUUGCCAGUCUCGGCCAGUUGUCACUGCAAGUCUUUACGACUGCAUUUGCUCUGCUUUUGGGUAAGCUUUUUAGCCAAUUCGCGGACAAUCUUGAUGAACCUGUAACCGAACAGAGAACAUCACAAAUCGCUGAGCUAAUUAAGCACCACCGGGAAAUUGUGGAGUUAACAAAGCUUUUCGAUUCGGUGAUGUCUUGGAUUAACGCUUUCAUGUACAUUCAGUUUCUGAGUAACGUGACCUUUUGUACUUACAUGAUGGCAAUGGAGUACGCAGUUAAUCGCAGUCUGGAAACACAUCGUCUUUUGGGACUGACUGAAUCCGUUUACUUUUUGGCGCUGUACGCUGUCACUUUCAUUUAUAUUACUGAGCAAGGAUUCCGUAUAACAAUGCAACAAGGGAACGAUGAAGUGUUCAAGCACUAUGGGGCAGAGUAUCGGUUGCAUCCGGUGGGAUUCAGUAUGGCCGGAAUACUAGUCACGAGGGAAACCGUAAUUAUGGCUUCAGGGGCUAUCACUAGCUACGUUUUGCUGUUUUCGGAAUUAGCCGACAACGAAAAGUCCGUGAACAGUGAAAAAAUCACACGGUCACAGUUGGAGCAGCUUUGGCUGAAUAUUUCAACGCGCUGCAACUCGGCAUGCUGA